AAACAAGGGCUUCCCUUAUUUUUCUGAAAUCAAGACCCGAACAAGCUCAAACACUCGGCGGUCCUCCCUUUCCAACAAGCACUCCUUCGGAACGAGAAUGUCUCUUUAGACGUACGGAUUGUGACCACGAGACGAAUUCCCUAUCAAGAUGAAUAAUAGGCCAGUUGAACAAGCUCUUUCUCGUCUGCUUCCGACACAUGCAGGCGAUUUGCCGCCAGAACUUGUCAGCCUGGCGCUGUCAUUAGUCGGGCAAUCUCGCAGCUUCUCCGCCAGCUUGAAGCCCGAGGAAGAGAUUGCUAGGCCAUAUGCCUGCGCUGAAAUUGCCUGUAAACGGCUAAGUCGCGCUCUCAAGCUCCCUCCGCUUCUCGGCCAUCCUCCAUGUCCUCCGCGCGUUUAUCAAAAGCUAUACCAAUACCUUGACCGAUCGCUCGGCUCUGGAGCGGGCUCUAAACGGAAUGGCGGUGCUUCGGCUCCAGGGACUCCCACAAAGACAGGUUCUGCGCCGUCUACUCCUACAAAGGGAUCGAAGAGCACCACGCGAACUCCCUCGAGAGCAGCAAAUGCAACCCCUCGGGGGCUUCAGCACACCCCGUCGAAGUCGACACCACUAAAGCGGUCCGCCAAUGAUACACCAAAAUCAAGAACUGCAGCCUUGCAAAAGAGAUACGAAAGAUCUAUAUCUCAGACGAAUGGCCUUCCCAAGUUUGCCAACAUCCCCGACGCCCCCGUAUGGGUGAUGACAGCCAUCCGGGUCGUGUGCAAAACACUCUCUACCCCUGCUCCUCGGAUGAGCACAUUCUCACGCCCGCCGAUCUCUAGAACCUUUCCACCACAUAUUUUCACAGGGAUAUCCUCGAUUCUAUACUUUAUUUCAGAGCGUUCGUCAAAAGAUGAUGGGAGCGAUUUCGACGAAGAAAUGUCCGAAUUCUUAGAGCCCAUCACUUCUUCAAAUUACAGCAAAGACAAAGAACCCGACGAAGAACUCAAGGAACUGGUUUACGCACUCGUUGUGGCUGUUUAUUUCAUCGUUCUAUCUCGACGGCGGAAUCCGCGGAACCCCGACACGGAAUCCGCUGAGUCCGAGCCUGCUUCCGCAACAGCAGACCAAACUGGCGAAGCACAGAUUAUGGACAAAAAGACAUUCUCGGAAAUGCGUCUCACGGCGCUGAAUAGUCUCGGUCUUCCAUCUACCGAACGGAAACACCGCGAGGACGUUGACCAAUGGAUCACAACUAUCAUGGAGACGAACUGGGCUCACGGCCAGGAAUGGUUCGAGAAUAUCCCUGCAGCUGGAGAAAUUGACGGAGAAGACCCGAACAUGUAUGAUGAAGAGCGAUUUUACGACGAGGACGAAGACGAACAAGCAGCCGGCAAGGAAACUUUAGCGAAUAAGCGGCGCAAACCAACUCUGCGGCUGACGGGGCGCCCGCGAGGAGGUCUGCUACCGGGUCUGGGCACCAUGAUGCAGGAUCGUGUAGACUGGCUGUCAGAUGAGCGACGGGAGGAUUAUGCAGAGUGGAAGGCCGAUCUGAUGAGACAGAUUGAGAUGGAACAGCUAUGAAUAAAUACCGCCUCAAGAAAGAGAGAUAUAAUCAAAGAUUUGCCUCAACAAUAGCAUUAAAUGUAUUCCCUGAAGAUGUAUGUCUAUCUAUAUAUGUCAACGCUG